GUUCACCUUUUUGGAGCUUCUCUGGGAGGCUUUCUGGCUCAAAAAUUUGCUGAAUACACACACAAAUCUCCCAGAGUUCAAUCUCUCAUCCUGUGUAAUUCCUUUAGUGACACUUCUAUCUUCAAUCAGACAUGGACAGCAAACAGCUUUUGGCUGAUGCCUGCUUUUAUGCUGAAAAAAAUUGUCCUUGGGAAUUUUGCAUCUGGUCCUCUAGAUCCUGAAAUGGCGGAUGGGAUUGAUUUCAUGGUGGACAGGCUGGAGAGUCUGGGCCAGAGCGAGCUCGCUUCGAGACUUACCCUCAACUGCCAGAACUCCUAUGUGGAACCUCAUAAAAUCCGAGACAUCCCUGUAACCAUUAUGGAUGUGUUUGACCAAAGCGCACUUUCGACUGAAGCAAAAGAAGAAAUGUAUAAGCUUUAUCCCAAUGCCAGAAGAGCUCAUCUCAAAACAGGAGGCAACUUCCCGUAUCUCUGCAGGAGUGCUGAGGUCAACCUAUACAUUCAAGUGAGUCUCUGCAUUCCAGCUGAAACGGCGCUGGGGGCUCCUUUUCUUUGCUCGCUCUCCUUUCUUAACCCGCCUGAGCUCUCUUGGGCUACGAUAGAGGAGGCAUAUUCAAGGUCAAUGACAAAACUAGCCAAAUCAGCAAGCAAUUACACACAACUUGGGACAUUUGCACCAGUUUGGGAUGUUUUCAAAACCUCAACAGAAAAACUAGCAAGCUGUCACUUGGACCUUGUGCGGAGAUUACAAGAGCUAAUAAAAGAAGUUCACAAGUAUGGAGAUGAACAAAUCAAAACUUAUAAAAAGACUAAAGAAGAUGUUUCAGGAACAUUGGAAGCAGUGCAAAAUAUUCAAAGUAUCACUCAGGCCUUACAGAAAUCAAAGGAAAACUACAAUGCAAAGUGUGUCGAACAAGAACGUUUGAAAAAGGAAGGAGCAACACAGAGAGAAGUUGAUAAGGCAGCAGUUAAAUCAAAAAAAGCUACAGAUACCUAUAAACUAUAUGUGGAGAAAUAUGCUGUGGUUAAAUCUGUUUUUGAACAGAAAAUGACAGAAACUGCACAG